CUUUCCUCCACGUCUUCUUUCCUAUCCACUCCAAUUGGUUAAAGAGUAAAUUGGAAUAGGGAAAGCAUGUCACAUACACUGGUUCUUAUGCGUCACGGACAGUCGCAGUUGAACAACGCAUCAACAUUCUGUGGUUGGAUCGAUGCUCCACUGUCUACCAAGGGACAGGAUCAGGCGAAGGAGGCCGCAGAGUUGAUAGAACAGUACAACCUGGUCCCUGACGUGAUCUUCACUUCCAAAUUGACGAGAACUUGUCAAACUGCUAAGAUUAUCACCGAGACUUUACGCAGAGAAUGGAUCGACGUGACCAAGACGUGGAGGUUGAACGAGCGUCACUAUGGUGCACUACAAGGAAGAGUGAAGAGUGAAGUGCUGGAAGAGAUGGGUAAGGAAAAAUACAUGUUUGUUCGCCGUGCGUAUGAUGGUGUUCCACCAUUGGUUGAAGGAGAUGAUGCAUGCAUUGACCAGAGAUACAAUUUUGUACUAGAUGAACAUCUACCUCGUGGUGAGAGUCUUCAUAUGGUGGAGGACAGAUUGGAGCCCUACUUGCGCUCUCAGAUACUUGAGCAGCUAAGAUUGAACAAGACUGUGUUGGUGGUGGCACAUGGAAGCUCAGUACGUGCAAUUCUGAAGAUUAUUAAAGGAUUGUCUGCGGAGCAGAUAAAAGAAGUCAACAUCCCAAAUGGUAUACCAAUGAUGGUCAGAGUUGACGACGAACUACGCUGUGUAGGUAAAGAGGAAUACCUGGAUCCCGAAAUUGCACACCAGAUGGCAGAAGAAGUGAAAAACGAAGGAUUUCAUACAAAUUAGACAUAGAUCAAUACACCAGAGUUGUUUAGGCUUGUUCAACAGUAGCACUCUCCAUCUUAGUAUUGGCAUCUCGUAACCUCACCAACAAACUUCUGUAUAGUCCCUUUUGUAGAUUCAGUGCCAUUUUCUCUCUUCUGAGCCCAACAAACAUCUGUGCAACGUAUUCAUACUUCAAUCCAAUGUCGUCGAUGCUAUCCAUAACGUGUCUCAGUUCCUCUUCUUUGGACAUACCAGUAUCCAGAGAGUUCAAAGAGAUCUUUGCAGAGUUUAAGAAGCUAAUUGCAAGCUUAGCAUCAUGUUUCAACAGCCAGAGCCCAGUGUCUUUUCUAAACUCUUCUGAGCAAGGCUUCGCUAACUCACAAAUGAUGUGUAAUGACUCCUGCUUUUCAAACUGUUGGUCUGUAAUUUCACCAUCAACAAGUCUUUUAUGAAUCGUCACG